CAAGGCCACAGUCUGGGCUCUAUUACAGAUAAGUUUUUCAAGUGUUUGUACACAAAUGCUAGAAGCCUGCCUGCUUUGAGAUGAAAGACAGCCUGACACUGCACUGGACUCGGGCUGUGCCAUGAAACUGAGCUCAAAUAAUUUGCACCCUAAGCCGGGCACACCCAUGGUGCUGGGCAUCAGCCCAAGUUCCAGUUAGGAGGUGGGUUUUGUUUGCUGACACUCUGCAGCUGUGUGGUUUCUGAUCAUUGCAAAGGAAAGGCUGUGACCCAACCUCCCUGAAAUAGUUUUACUUUCAGAUUCCUAUUGACUCUUUAUUUUUACGGCACAAGGCAAACCCAGCUGAACAGACACCUCUUUAAGAGCUGUGAUCAGUUUAGCUUCCAACAAAAAAGACAAAUCACUGCAGAUCCUGCGAUUCAGUGAUAAUGGCCACUGGGGACAAAUACAGGAUUCUAUGCACCAAACGCAAAGAGCUGAUACAAAUUAUUCAAAGAGACCCUGAUAACAUCUUGGAUGAGUUACUUGCCCAGUCCAUCAUCACAGAGGAGGAGUACAAUAGCUUCUAUCAAAAAGAGAACUUAGUGAUCAAAAUCAGGAAGUUGUUAAUUCACAUACAGAAAAAAGGGGAGUCAACCUGCCAGCAAUUUCUGGAGUGUUUAGAAAUCCUCUUUCCUGGCACCAAUCAGGAUUUACAACCUUCUGGUCAUGUUAUUUCUCAGGACUCUAAGGGAGACACCAGAGAAGAACUGGAAGAAGGGACAGAAGGAUCUUCAAGUAUGGAGAAUGAACCUGAGAAUUUAGGAGGCACUAUGUUCUCAGAAGAAGAAAAUGCUGAAGAGAAAAAUAAAGCUUUGCAAGGACUCCUUUCUAAGCUAAACCUGCAGGAAUACCAAGGCACGAAGCUCGGGCUGCGGGAUGUCCUGGAAAUUGGCUCAGAAAGUAAAGAAAACUGGACUCCUCAGAUGUUAGAGGAUUUACCUUGGCAUUUCCUGAGGAAACUAAUGACUCUGAAUGGGACAGCCAGAAACACAAGCCUUGGACAUAGAGCAUGUGAUGAUGAAGGCGGCAGUGAGGAGGCACAGAUUGCAGGUGGAGAUGUUUUUAGUUUUAGUGACACUGACAUCAGAGAGUCUCUGCACCCCCUCGAUCUUCUCUGUGCCGUUCUGCUUUGCUCGGACAGUUUCCUACAGCAGGAGAUCCUGUCCAAAAUGUCCAUGUGCCAGUUUGCCCUCCAUCUGCUGCUACCCGCCCUCGACACCCCCAAGUGCACCCUAAUGCUGUGGGCCAUGAGGGACAUUGUGAGCAAGUGGAGGCCGCACUCCGUGGCAGAGAGCAGAGGGUUCAGAGAGGAGGGCCUGGUGCUCACGUUACUGCCAACCAUUUCCUUUGUGCGGUUGGGGAGCUGCAGCUUCUCCAAAUCCAGACUCCUCAAUGAGGUUCUCAGCCCCUCCGAGCAGCACCACAAUUUCUUCAUCCAUCAUGACAUGGAGUCUGGGAAUGUCCCUCGGGAAAUCGCAGAUGGGCUGGUCGAGAUUUCCUGGUAUUUCCCUGCUGGGAGGGAGAAUUCAGACCUUUUCCCAGAGCCCAUCGCAGUUACAAACCUGCGCGGAGACAUUGAGUCCCACUGGCUGCAGUUCAGCUUUAUAACUGUCGUCUCUUCAGCAGUGUUCAUAGUUACUGAGAGCAUCAGUGAGAGGCAAUAUGCAUGGUUAUCAUCUCUGCAGGGAUCAGCCACUAAAUACUACUUCAUUCUCAAUUGCAAGAAUGGAAAUCCCAAGGAAACAUUGGGAUUCCUUAAUAAGUUGGCUCCAGUGCUGAAUCUGAGCAAAUCACAACUACUGAAGAAAGACAGCACCACAAAUAAUGCAGGAUUUGUGCAAAAACUGAAAUCUGCCAUAAAAAACAUAACGAGUUCACAUCCCAAGAGAAUGAAUUUGGAAGCCAUGGCUGUGACCGCACGUGAACUAGGAAUCCAGGUAGAUGAGGACCGAAAGGAAUGUCAGAGUGCAAGCAAGUGGGCUAGAGAAAUCACUGUGAAAAUAAAAGAUGUGGCAAAGUACAAGAGGGAAAUGCUGAGGCUGCAGGGGGAUCUCUGGGAAAAAUUGGCUAAAGUGGAAAAAGAACUGUGCAGAAUGAGAAGGCAAGGGGAGACGGCCACCGAAGAAUAUAAAUGUCAACUGAGAGAGAAACGGUUGGAAUUACGUAGACAGCAGGAUCAAUGUGACCUUACUGAUGGAUUGAUUACAUUUGUUAAGGGAAUAGAACAAUUGCCUUCAGUGGAGAAACAUUACUUUCUGAAAUGGAUGAAGUUUAGCCUGGAUCACAUUGCUCGAGAUAAUCUUUUUAAACUACGGGAUCAAUAUAAAAGGAAAAGUAAAAUGGCAGGAGAUGACCCACAAGCGCUAGCCAUGCUGCAUAAAUUAAUAUCUACCACUUCCUUAGGGGUUGAGCAUUUCAUGCAUGAGCUGGGGCAGUUUUAUGAAGCUGAAUGCUCAAUGGUUAAAGAAGGAGACAAGACAGAAAGCCAAAGACAAUUCAUCCAUCUCCCAGGCAUAGCAGCUGACCUGAUGCUGGAAGGGUUUCCUAUGGAACUGCUAGAUGGAGAUUCAUCCACCAUCCCACUGCAGUGGGUAACAGAUGUUCUGACUCAGCUCCAUGCCAAGCUUGGGGGAAGGUCCAGAAUGGUGGUUCUAACGGUGCUGGGAGUGCAGAGCACUGGGAAAUCCACUCUCCUCAACACCAUGUUCGGCCUGCAGUUUGCAGUGAGCAAUGGCCGAUGUACGCGAGGAGCCUUCAUGUCACUCAUUAAAGUGGCAGAGAACUUUCAGCAGGAGCUGGGCUGUGAUUUCAUCCUGGUGAUAGACACAGAAGGCUUGAAAGCCCAAGAACUGGCCAGGCUGGAGGACAGUUAUCAACACGACAAUGAGCUGGCCACCCUGGUGAUUGGGUUAAGUGACAUAACCAUCGUUAACAUGGCCAUGGAGAAUGCCACAGAAAUGAAGGAUGUUCUGCAAAUUGUGGUCCAUGCCUUUCUCCGAAUGGAGGAAAUAGGGCAAAAACCCAACUGCCAAUUUGUACAUCAGAAUGUCAGUGAUGUGUCUGCGCAUGACCAAAACAUGAGGGACAGGAAUCACCUCCUAGAUCAGCUGAAUGAAAUGACCAUAGCUGCAGCUAGGAUGGAAAACCAAUGUAAAAAAGUGAAUUUUUCAUGUAUUAUGGACUAUGAUUUUGCAGUGAGCAGUGGCCGAUGUACGCGAGGAGCCUUCAUGUUACUCAUUAAAGUGGCAGAGAACUUUCAGCAGGAGCUGGGCUGUGAUUUCAUCCUGGUGAUAGACACAGAAGGCUUGAAAGCCCCUGAACUGGCCCUGCUGGAGGAUAGUUAUCAACAUGACAAUGAGCUGGCCACCCUGGUGAUUGGGUUAAGUGACAUAACCAUCGUUAACAUGGCCAUGGAGAACGCCACCGAAAUGAAGGAUAUUCUGCAAAUUGUGGUCCAUGCGUUUCUCAGAAUGGAGGAAAUAGGGCAAAAACCCAACUGCCAGUUUGUGCAUCAGAACAACUUCAUCUUCAGUUUCAGAAACAGCCUUGUAGCUGAAGCCUAUAACCAGCUGUCUAUGAAGUAUUCCCAGUGGGACUGGCAUUUCCGCAAAGAGAUACAUCUCUGGGUAUCUGAAAAGGAAACUGUCAUUCAGAAUCAGACAUCAGAGAAACUACAGGCUGGUGCCUUAUCCAUGUUGAAAAAUGAGGCACGGGAAAAACUGCAGCACGAGAAACAAAAAGUUUUGGAUAAUUUACAAGAUUAUUUUGAAAGUGACGUUUCAAAUCUGCACCUGAUAGAAAAGUACAGAGAAGAUUUUAUCAGGAGUGCAAACUACCUCAAAAAUGAACUUGAGAGCUACUCCGAGAACAAGUGCGAGGAGGCAAUUCGAAUUCGAAAAGGCCAGAUCAAGACAGAAAACAUCCAGACCUCAUACAUGCAGAUAAUUGAAGGGAAAGUUGACAGGCUCUUGGAUGAAUGUAGGAACAAAAAACAUAAACUAGAUCAUGAGGAACUGAAAUUAGAAUUUGAAAACAUGUGGAGAGAAACACUGUCAGAGUUGAAGUUCAGCAGUUUACAGAAACGUGAAGUUUAUCGAGAGAUGGAGUCCCAGUUGAGAAAGGACCUGGCCAAUCGAGGGAGUGCCGUCAGGCAGAAGCUACAGGAAUCAGGUAGUUUGUUGUUUCAUGGAAUUGACAAUUUCAGAAUGAAAAGGGAGUAUCUAGAUUCAGCAUGGAUCAAAACUAUGAAAAAACUGUUGUUCACAGGGGAAUGUGAAACAGCUGUUCACACAGAAGAACUUGCUAAAUCUUUAAUAGAUGAGGGUAAAAGAUACACUGAAGAAAAGGUAAAUUCCAAAGUGGACUACGAUGAAAUCUAUUGCAGAGAAUUGCUGAACAUAAUCAACAAAAGGCUCCAACAGGAGGACGAUAAAAAACUUGGCACUACUGCUUGCUUUGAAGUUGACCUGAAAAUUCAUAUUUUGGGGGAGGCAGCUUGGAGAUUUCAGAAGAUGCAUGAAGAUUUUAUCCAACAAAAUGAUCCUCAGUGUCGUCUAGAGAAGCUGAAACCUCAGUAUUUCUCCACAUUUACUGACCUGUAUUUGGAAAAAGAUGAGAACCGAACAAGGGCCAGGGAUUUCUGUGAUCAAUGUCUCAAACCCGCCUUGGUGGUUUAUAUCAACAAAAGACUAGGAAUAGAGAUAGUAGAUGACAUUCUCAGCAAGGCAGAGUCCGUUGAAUAUGGCACCCGGACCUUUUUCCAGUUCACUGUACAGAAAAAGCUUCUGGAGGAGAUGAACUUGGAUAACUAUGUGAAAUAUAUUAAAAACUAUGAAAAAUUUGUCAAAACCUGGAUUCAGAGACAUAUGAUGGAUCAUUACAGGGAAACUAAGCGUUUGGGAGAGUUGGAGAAAAAGAUUCUAUCUACAAUAGUAAAGAAAGUGAGGGAAGUUUUGGAAAGCUCCAAAAAUGAAAAAAACACCACAGUCUCAGCAUUUUUAAACAACUUUUGUGAAGCGCUGCAGCAGGACCUAGUCAUUUCCAAGGACAACUUACUUGGGAUACAGUUUAAAAACACAGCAAAAACAGGCCAGUUUUGUGCUAAUAUUCAAACCUUGCUUCUGGAUCUGGAACAAGAAAUCCUUUCCCAAUUUGGUGGUUUGAAUAUUCAGACCAAACUCUCCAAUCUGUCAUUAAAACCCCAGGAUGAAAUCUUCAACUGA